AUGCAGCGAACAGCCUUGAUGCUCACUCGUGUCAUGGGCGCAAGGAGACGCGCGUCGCAUACCUCUUCCCGGGCGGCGCAGGGCGCGAGUAAGCUCGCAGAACUUAAGAAACGGCUCCGCGAAGACGAAGCAGAGCGAGCCUUUAUGGAGAAAAUCCAGGAGGAUCGCCGACGGCGGGAAAAAGUGAUCGCCAACGCACUUCGCCGGGCACUUGCCAAAAGGGCAAAGGAAGAGUCGCGGUUUCUGCGGCAAUACGAGGCCAACAAGCUGAAGGCCGCCGAAGAGUUGCGAAAAAUGAAGAAGAUGGAGGCGCCUCUCGCAGUGGCUGCGCCCCAGCCUCCAGUGCGCCUCCAUCCGCCGCGCGUAAAAAAAGCAGUGGCCCCAUUAGUGAAGGAGGAGCGGCGCAUAGAGGAGGAGCGUGAGGCAGAGCGAAACUUCUUUGAGCUGAUUGAGAAGCUGCGGAGGAAGCGUGAAUCGGAGAUGCUGGCGGAAAAGGAGUUCAAUGAAAGCCUCGCAGCACACGCACCGUCUCUCAAGGAGGGGGCACACGAAGUGGGUGGCGGUGAGGUUGCCGGGGCGCCAAGGGCGAGCGAGGAACCGGCUGACUCCCUGACCGCCCAACACCGCCUUGGCGCAGACGAACUGGCGGCGGCGGUUGCGGAGGUAGUUGAAGAGCCCAAGGAAGUCACUGUAGAGGAAACGCGGGAACAGCCAAGGCUUGAGAUGUCUCUCGAGGAGUCUUCCUUUGUGGGUUCUGACGAGGCGGCCCAGGAAGUACAGGGUGGAUCGGUUGCGAAGGCAAGAAGCAGGAGGCUGCAGCCGAGACAGGAAGCUAUAAAACCCCGUGAGAAGCGAAUUAAGAAGACACCCGUCAUGGAGCGUGUGCCUGCCGCUCAGCAAAUGGUGGAUCAUGAGCCCGUCACUCAACAAAUGGCGGCCGACAAUUUUACGGACUACUUCCCAAGCACAUUUGACCACGUCCAACCACCUGUGUUCCCACGACCCCUUCAUGCCGUCUCGCUAACGGGUUUCAAUGAGCCACCAUUGAUCUCUUCAGUGAGGAAUACGCUGGAUGUCGGGCAGCGGCGAGUGCAGCCGAUGCCUUCACUUGAGGCCCCCGUCAUCCCUUUGCGUCCACGGACCUACGACGCGUUUCCUCCCGUAGCGCGCAUGGCGCAGGUUAUGCCGGUAAGUUUUCCCCACAAUAUCCCUACUGUUCGACCCACCAGAGAGCGUCCACCUACAGGCGCUGGACUACAUCGUUUAUAG